CCGCCGAUAAUAUGGUCGGCCGGCGGGAGAUUCCGGCGAUGAUCCCGAGGAGAGGAUCGGUUAAGACUUCCAGUAGAGUUCGCCCUCAGGCCGCCGCCGAGAAGAAUACAUGGCAUCAUAAUAAUCAGAGGGCGAUCCCAUCGUUGAGUCCAGCUGCAGCUUUCUUCAUGUUUUGAAUGCAAAUGAGCAGAGCAGCAUGUGUGCGAAGAUGCAUGGAAAUAAGAUUUAAUUUGUUUGUUUUUUUUUUGCUUUUUUUAUAAUUAAAUUGUGGUGUUUUAAUUAAGUCGAAUAAUUAACUUAAGGUCUAUUUGGGGGCAGCUGCAGCUUAUUGUAUAAUCUGCUGAUUAGCGGAUAAGCUAGGUGCGGUGGCUAUUAAAAAUUUUUAUUUUUUUUUAGAAAAUUCAGACCGCUGCCUGAAAGCUGUCACUGCACCUAGCAAAAGCAUAAACUGUCAAAAAGCAGUUUAUCCAAACAGCCUAGCCUAGGUGCGUUUUCAAAAUGACACCGCAGCAAAUAAGCUGCCCCAAACGGACCCUUAAUUUAGGAGCUUUGAUUUUAAUCCCGUAAUUAAUACAUGUAAUUGGGCGAUUAUCUCCGCUCUUUAGUUAUGGGGAGAAAUACGUCGGAAGGUGAGUAUUGAAUAAAAAUACACUUUGUGAUGACAUUACAUAACUUGGUCAUUAGAGGAAAUAGCUGUUGAAGCAU